AUUGUUGGAACCUGGGGAACCAGUCUGAUGUGUAAGGUGAAAUCUGUCUGAGUGGGUUGUGUAGGGGGAAGAAUUAUACAUUAUCCCGUUCAUCCCCUGGCUUUUGCCAUGAAUAGGGGUCAGUGUUGGGACCAAAACCCCCUCGAGUGUUGUGCAAGGAAUGUGUGAGUGUCGUUCUAAAGGCCGUAACAUGAAAACUAGUUGAAGGCUUGGAAAUGGGGAAGGUGAACUGACGAAGGCUAAACGAAAAUGGCUGACGCCAGUUGCUGAGAGCUUUACUAGACGUUGCGCUGCGGAAUGCUCCAAGACGCAGCCAGGAGGUGGAGUGAGAAUAGCAGGUGCCAGUCACAGCUUACAAGGCCACAGAAGUGAUAAGAGUGAGACAUCUAGAGGUGCCAUAGGCACAAUCAGAGAGUACUAUCUGAACAUCAGAGGUUCACAUCUGUUCAGUACUCUCCUAGCAAGCAUUAGAAAUAUUGCUGGAACAAAGGUGGGCUUCUUCAAGAACCAGUUAGAUGAAUUCUUGUUAGAAGUACGAGACCAACUGGGCUGUAGUAGAUAAAUAGGCCUACGAGCAGCUGCAAGCAACAGCCUGUAGGACUAAGUUAUCGCAAGUCGACCCUGGCCUCAGGCUGGGCUCGGGGAGUAGAAGAACUCCCGAGACCCUCUCCAGGGAAUGCAUGACAUGUUCAUCUCUCCGGCGGGAGGUGAGCCCAGUGCAGUCUUGCAUGCCCCUGCCACUUCUGGACAGUGCCUGCAGAGGAAGCGAAAGUUGGACCAGAUUGGCACUAGUUAUACCGGCACUGCGACCGGUUACACAGUGACUGCUACGGCAGUGCCUUCCCAAACUCUUGCUGCUAAACACCUUUCUCAUCAGGUUGGUAAUUUGUAUAACGAUGGCGUGACCCUGAGCCAGACCAAGCAGCAACAGCCGCAGCAGCAGGCACAGCAGCAACCACAACAGCAGCCGCAGCAGCAGCAGCAGCAGCAGCAACAACAGCAACAGCAGCAGCAGCAGCCUCAGCAGCAGCCGCAGCAGCAGCCUCAGCAACAGCUGCAACCACCAUCACAGCAACAACAGCAACAGCAGCCGCAGCAGCAGCAGCAGCCUCAACAGGAGCAGCAUGGGCAGCAUCAACAGACACACAAAAUUAGCAGUAACAGCACCACUUCAUCAUCAUCAGGGCAUCACCACCACCAUCACCACCACCACCAUCAUCACUCAGCCAGAGCAGCAGGCUCGGCCACCACCUACCAGCAUCAACAGCAUCACCAUCAACCAGUGCAGCAGCAGCAGCAGCAGCAGCAGCGAGCAUCCACUAUCAAACUCUUAGAUCCAUAUCAAAAGUGCUCCACAAAGCGCAAGUGCUUUGACCACAAUGGUCACAGUGGAAACACCGCAGGCGUAGAGAACGGGAAGGUGGGGGCCCCGGGCGGUGCCCCGGCCACAACAGCCAAGACGGUGGCCCACGGCAAGGUGGCCCUGGGUGGCGGCCAAAACAAUGCCACCAAGGGCGGAAACUCAUCAGCGGCAGAUGGAGACUAUCAGUUGGUGCAGCAUGAGGUUCUGUACUCGCUCACAGCACAGUACGAGGUACUGGAGUUCUUGGGGCGUGGCACGUUUGGCCAGGUGGUCAAGUGCUGGAAGAAGGGUACCAAUGACAUCGUGGCAAUCAAAAUCCUCAAGAACCACCCCUCCUACGCCAGGCAGGGCCAGAUUGAGGUUGGGAUCCUGACAAGGCUAAGCCAGGAGAGUGCGGACGACUACAACUUUGUGCGAGCAUUUGAGUGUUUCCAGCACAAGAACCACACGUGUUUGGUGUUUGAAAUGCUCGAGCAGAACCUCUAUGACUUUCUCAAACAGAACAAAUUUUCUCCAUUGCCUUUGAAAUUUAUUAGACCCAUUCUUCAGCAAGUUUUGACAGCUCUUCUUAAACUUAAGCAACUUGGCCUCAUCCAUGCUGACUUAAAACCAGAAAACAUCAUGCUGGUUGACCCAGUUAGACAGCCAUAUCGUGUCAAAGUCAUUGACUUUGGCAGUGCAUCACAUGUCAGCAAAGCUGUUUGCAACACCUAUCUACAGUCUCGCUACUAUCGGGCUCCGGAGAUCGUUUUAGGGCUUCCGUUUUCUGAAGCCAUCGACAUGUGGUCGUUAGGCUGUGUCAUCGCCGAGCUUUUCUUAGGAUGGCCACUAUAUCCUGGGUCAUCCGAGUACGACCAGAUCCGUUACAUCAGCCAAACACAAGGGAUCCCAGCAGAACACAUGCUGAACAAUGCCACCAAAACCACAAAGUUUUUCUACAGAGACAACGAGUCAACCUAUCCAUUUUGGCGGCUAAAGACCCCAGAAGAGCAUGAGGGGGAAACUGGUAUUAAAAGUAAAGAGGCCCGUAAGUACAUCUUCAACUGCCUAGACGACAUGGGUCAGGUCAACGUGCCUACUGAGCUGGAGGGUGGAGAGUUGUUAGCGGAGAAGGCAGACCGACGAGAGUUUAUAGAUCUUCUCAAGCGAAUGCUGACCAUGGAUCAAGAGCGACGCAUCAGUCCUGGCGAAGCUCUCCAACAUAGCUUUGUCACACUCCAACACCUUCUAGAUUAUCCCCAUUGCUCUAACGUCAAGGCCUCCAUGCAGCAGAUGAUGGAGGUUUGUCGAAGGCCAGCUCCGCCUUAUGCCACAGCUGCUGCAGUUUCUCAGGCACAAGCUCUUCCGCCCUCACUCAUGCCCAACUACGUCCAUUCCACCAAUGGUUCUGUUACGCUCACGUUCAACAAUCAAAUCACGAAUCAGUAUGGAUUAUAUCAAGGAAGUCGCAGUGGGCGUGGAUACAGUGGCAGCAGUCGUGGGGAGGCAGCUGCGGCGGCAGCAGCUGCUGCAAGUUUCCAGCCACAACUGGUGUCAUCCAUCUUAUGUCCUCCCCCUUACCAAGGUCUAGCCUCGCCUGGCAAGCAUGUAACUGUGGUAACUCAGCAGCCACAGUUGCAGCUCCAACCUUCUUUACUUCCUCAGCAGGUUGGUGGAGGUGGUCAGUAUGUGCCAGUAUCCAUGGUUGAACAACCAGGACGUGGUAUGCUGCUGACUACUGGUGCAGCAGUGGGUGGUGGCUGGGGCCGUGGUGGACAAAUGGCACUCGUUCCCGGUGGAUGGCAGCAACUGCCUCAACCACCAACUUCACUACAGCAGCCAACUAGCCUACUUCCCGAUGCCACCGAUGCAUGGAGACGAACUUUCUUAGUAGACUCGUCGGUGGUUCAGGGAGAUGCGCCACCUGCCAUGUUUCCCGUUGACCUUCACCCUGAACUUUACGAAUAUCCGUCGAGCACCUGGGCAGGAAGCAAACGUUCAAGUAAGGUAUCUUUAAUGGGUCACUCGAGUGCACACGCAGCACACACCCUUCAUGUGGGAGGUCGACCUACACAGCCUCCUGCACAUGAUAAGAAGGAUCUUAGUCAGCAACUCUCCCCUGUCAAGAAGAGGGUGAAGGAGGGCACACCACCAGGAGCAUCAGCAGCACACUGGGGCAGCAGCAGUGCUGUACCACAGAUCACCCACAACAACUAUCAUACUAAUCACACUCAUCAUUCAGCGCACCACACCGGUCACCACCCGGGACAUCCUCACCAUCAAAGCCAUCACUCCACCCAUCACACCACUCACUCCUCCAGUCAUCAUGCCGUCGCACAUGGCGGUCACACUAACCACCCGAGCCACGGCAGUGGUAGCGGCGGUAGUCACAGCUCUCACACAGGUGGGCAUGCAGGUCAGCAAACACAGCAGACACACACUAGCCAACAGCACUCCAACAGCAGCUAUAGCAGCAAUAUGACAAGUAAUGGACGUCAACAAACAAUCACCAUUCGCGACACUCCAUCACCUGCUGUAUCAGUCAUCACCAUUAGUGACAGUGAUGAUGAAGCAGGAGGUAAAUGCUGCAAAGACCGUCACUGCUCUACGUGUGUCAACAACAACCACAAUAAGAUCACUUCCAGUUCACAUCAGCAGCCUCAGACUUCGCACGAUGACAAAUAUGCCAGUUUGUCCCAUAACUACUCGUCGGUGGGUGCUUCUCAAAGUCAAAAGAAACGUCUGUUGGCCAAAGCUCAGAGCGAGUGUAUGCUUCAUGUUGCCAAGCCCGAGGCACGUGAUUACACAACACAACAGACCAGAGAGAACAUUUAUGCCACCAGAGAGCACCUGGCUCCUCCAGUGGCUCACGUCAGGGAUUCAUUGCUGCAGCCGCCACCUGCGCACCACGACAAUCUUCCGCCACCUGCAGCUCACACCCGAGACCCUGCUCGCACUCACUCUCACACCCACUCCCACUCCUACACACAGCCUCCACAGGCCCACAAAGAUUACUCCAUACCGUCAGGAGUGCACCCGCCUGGGCACAAGGACUACUCCCAACCGCCAGUAGCCCAUAGUAAUCGUGACCAGCGCGUGGUGGUGGGCAGCAUGAAGGGUUGGGGUAGCAGCAGUGGCAGGGGCAGCACUGUAGUUGUUGCUGGGCAGGGCAGCAGUGGGAGCAGCAGUAACAGUAGCCUCAGCUAUGCUCACACACUAGGUCGGGCACAUGUUUCUGGCAGUCACCAUUCUCCUACUUCCCAAGCUCAUGGGUUGUCUCCAGUCUCACAACUGGCUGUGAGUGGCUCACUGGCAGGCAUCGUGCCUACACAGGCAGAUGUUUACAGGGAAUAUCGCCGUGCUGCGCCUCCACAAGCUGCCGCAGCUGCAGCUGCUGCUGCCCAAGUAUACGUGGCUACUACCCAACCCACUUACUUACCCUCCUCCUUGCCAGCCACACAUACUGUUAACCCUUUCACACCAGGGUGGAUCAUGGAUGAAAACACAGCCGCCUCCCGACCCUCAGCCUCGGCGACAGCUUGGAUGAACAAUCCACACAUCAAACAUUUAGGAGCGUUGCCACCACCAGCUCACCACAGUAAUGGACGUGCAGUGCUGGCUGCCCCACCUGCCCAUCCUCUUCCUGCCCAUAUGCAGCCCACUGCUGUCUUCCCCACUCAUCCCCAAGUUGCCCCGCCAUAUAAUGCAUACACAGCACUUUCCCCUGCCAAGAGCCAAUACCAGAGCAUAUGGUUCUCUGAAUAGAAGAUAUUCCUAAGGAAAUAAUAUUGUAAUUUUCAAGAAUAUAUAUCUGGCCCAGAAUAUAAGAGAGUUGAAAAUGUAGUCUUGAAAGAAGGAAAAAUUCCCUUAGUUCUGGUUUGAAUGGCAGAUGCUUGGGAAAAGGAGGGGUGCAGUGUGUAGGGCCUGUACCCCAGCACCAUCCCUGUUCUCCAUUCAACAAGAACUGCCUUACUGCACGAAAGAUCAAAACUAAAACAGUUUUACCACUGGGCUUGCUAGAUUUUGACUAGUUUAGAAAACAAAACAGAAGGGAAUAAGCCAACAAGAAACAAGAUCAUUAAUAUUGGUGCCAAGUGUUUGGGGUUCACAGUGACUGAUUAGUGUUUACAAAAGUUCCAGUAAGCAUCUAAAAGUGUCAAAUAUAUCCAUAGGUAUGAAGCUAAAGAAUAUAAUUAUUCCCCUGUGAUUGCUGAUUGGGGUCCAAUAAAGUUUUUGGGUUAAGCAUUCUCCUGACACAACUGAAGCAUCAGUAGAGGCCCCAGAUUUGUGUGUAGAACUAGUGCAUGUACGAGUGUGCGCUUGUCUCUUGGUGACCACACCCUCAGAGAGCAUCAUAACCGUGCGUCGGCCGUCCCGAGGGCGGAAAUAUUCGUCAGCAUAUUGUUGACGAGCAAGAGAACUGUAGCUAGUUAUUAUUGUUUUUAUCAUAAUUUUUAUUGUAAUUAUCAUUUGUGUGCGAGCCAUGAUUCGUGAGGAUAAAACAGCACCAGUUUUGAAGGAAGGAUAUGGAAUGUGUGCUGGCUUCUUUGGAUUGCUUCUUUUGUUGCCUAGAAGGAAAUGAUUUACAGCUACAUUUUUAAACUUUUAAGUCGGCCAAAGAAGUUAUAGUUUGUUUUGUGUUGGACUUGAUAACAUUUAUCAAGUGUGAGUUUUUGUUGAAACUAAAGUGAUCAGCAGUUAUAUGUGAAGUUUAGCCAAUAACCUUAUAGGCUAUUGAAUGCCAGGGAACUGUCUAUUCAGUCAACCAGGCUUAACAUUAUGGAGUUUUACAGGUGUAUAUUUAUUUUGUGUUUUAACAAGCAUAAACUAAAUAUGAUAUGUUUUUAAAGGGAAAAGGGCUUGACAACGGUCUGUAGUAGAUUUAAUGUGUAGCACGAGUAGUAUUGUGUUUAUAGCCGAUGAGGCCGACGGACUCGGAACCAUGCGCUGUCCUCUGGCCGAGCCCGUCUUCCCAUCCACAAACAAAGGGAAGGCGAGAGCAGGACAGGAGCGGCUGCAGCGGUGCGACGCUCACCGGCUGCACCAUGUUUGGUGUUUGUCCACAGGUUUGUUUGAUCUCUAUUAACAUAUACGCUUUCUUGAACUUCUUCCCUAUGUGUAAAGGUGUUAUUUAUGUCCAGAGUGUGAUACCUUCUCUUUAUAUCUUGAAGAAUCCUCUGCAUGGUUUUUUGUGCUGGUUUCUUGACCAAGGUCUGUGUGGCCAGGAGGAGUGAUUAGCACAUACGGGCUGAAUGCUAACCCCCCACACCCUGCCCUUUUUAAAGUUUACUAUUCACUGCUCUAUUGUGGGGAUCUUUUUUUUUUAGAGUAGAAGUACAUUGUUUAAUUAUUUGUGAUUGAUUUUUUAUCUUUUUAAGUAUGUUAGAAUAUUUUUAUUUUUUUAAGGUGAACAUUUACUGUAAGAAAAAGCUUUUGCAAUUUAUAAAAAAAGCUUGUAUUUUUAUCGGAAGAAAAAUUGGACGGAAAGAGCACCGUAACACUAUAAGGCCUGUGAACUAGUAUGGGAACGGGCAUUGAUAGUGACUUCUUCAGUGGGGGGGAGGCAACCAUGCCUGUUUUUAUCUUAGGCCUAGACAUGUAGGGUGAUGGUCAGGUCUCCAGCUAUUGUCCUGUAUUAUAGAUGGAUUUGUAGCUGUAGAAGUUGGCCAAGACCCUGUGUGUGAGGCGGCAAUUCCCAAAGUCUAUCUCCAGUUUACAAUGAACCCAGGUUUGGUGUGUUCUGAGGGUCUGAUACUUUACCCAUCAUUGAGCCACUUCAUACACAGUUGCCUACUGUUUUCGUUGUGUUGUAUAUUAAAUUUUAGAAUUUUUUUGAGUCUGACAAUUCAAAUUUAUCGUUUAAAUAAGUCUGUGAAGUUCGGAAAUACGUGUUAUUUUUACCCAUCCUUUGAGACAGUCUUAGGUUGACCUUGUUAAACAAAUUAAGUAGCAGCCUGCUUAUGUUACGAAGCAAUGCACUGUAAGUGUGACUGCACAAGUAUGGGUAUUUUAUCGUUCUCGUGAAAUGGCUUGGUGAAUACCGGAGAAUCAAAUGUGUUUCAUGUUAGUUAAAAUUUUGUAUAUCAAAAUUUUAUUGCAGAUUUGCUUUCUUAAUGGCUAAUAAGAAUGAAAUGUUUCAUAUUGAGGCAAUAUUUAUCCUUGUAGUUUGUAACACACUCUUUGACACCGGCUCUGUAUGUUGGGAUUGGUCAAUUUAGAAUCUGUGGGACCGACAUUUGGGAAUUUGUACACAACUCAUCAAUUUGGUCCAGUAGAGGUUAUUAGUAGUUUUGGUGCUCCUUAUCAGCACCUACAUAACAGCCCUACACAUGUGAUGUUUGUAUUUAGAGUGCCUAAGCUCUAGUAUUUUAGAAUGUGGCAUACAGACAAUUUUGAUUGUUGGGUAAGAUCUCAACAGGUCACCUCUCUCUGAAUGUCAAUAUAUUGUGCAAUGCAAGGGCCUCUCGAAAAAGUAAUCCAUGGCCUGUUGCUCCCUCGUCCAGUGAGUGGAGAAGCUGGUGUAUCCUGGUGUGUUAUUACCGAACAAUCAAGAUAGUCUGUGUUUAUACAGUAUAACAAGUAACGUGACAUUGUUGCCCAACGUUAGUUCUACCCUCACAAAACACUGUAAAAGAGUUCAUUGCGGUACACUGACGUAGUACACUAACGUAGUACACGGAAGUAGUACACAAAAAGAUUAUAAGUGUACGUAUCUAUAUUUUUCUUGAGAGUGUAAAUAUAAUUAUGAAUGUAAUAUUUUGGGUCAUUUAGGGUAUGUAAAGACUUUGUAAGAUAAUUGUAAUGUGUGUUUCAUGAUAUAGGUGACACAAGUAUCCUAAAUGCUAAAUGUUUCUCAACAUUCUUUGUUAGUAUUCAGUAGGCAAAAAGAUUAACAUGUUUCAUUGUCAUGCUUCAAGACCAUUUAAAUUUCUUCCCCCCGUCUUCAUACUAGAUUUCCUGAAUUGUGGUAGUUAGAAACCAUUAACUUUUUACGACUUAAGAAUUUCACUUUUUCCAGUGACUUUGCUAGAUGUUAAAAACGAAUCCAGAUUGUCCCUGACCUCCAGAGUGCUGGGUAGCAACAACAUCACCACUUGACCCCUACUAAUGCUGUCACUUCUGACUCUGUCAACUGUUUGUGUAAAUUUUAUUACAACCACUUUUGGUAUAUAGAAGCCAAAGUUGUGUUUCUCAGCACUCUGUUGGCAGCUAAGAUCCUGACUGUGUCUUGCUGAUAUUGGUAAUCUGUGACCAUUUUCAAUAUUUCCAUGUGCUCUCCGCUAUGUGAUUAAAUGCCUAUUGUCCAUCUUGCAAACUGUAGUUCAAGUGAAACACUGGAUUGUGUUUUGUUAUAGUUAAGGUCCUGUGGGUGUAGAGUGGUUUAUAUAAGUUACUCACAGUCGGCACCCUCGGCCAGCUGACACUUGGCCGCUGCCCUCCACCACUUGUGAGACGACAUUUAGCUUUGCUGGAUGUCCAGUCUGGUGAUAACAAUAUAAUUAAUAAUGCCUGACCAUUAUGUAAGAAGUUUGUGUGUAUGUGUGUGUGUGCUCGUGUAUAUAUGUGUAUGUGUAUGUAUGUGUGGGCAUGUUUGUGAGUGCACACCUUCAUGCAUGUGUGCAUGGGCAGUGUAUGCACAAGGCUCUCCGGGGGCUGCCCACUGGACCCAGGUAUUAGUUCCUUAGUUUGCUAGGAUGUUAUACAGUUUACAGUAUACUAGGAUAGUUUUGAAGGAUUCUUUGAUUGACACUUUAAUUUUAUCCUGUUUUAUAAUGACUAUUUUGGAUUUUGCCAUGGUUUUUGAGGGCCUUUUACAAUGAACUGUUUCAGUGGUACCAUAUAUUAGUAUCUGUGGUUUUGAUUUUUCGGGUAUGUACAAUUAGUGAUUAUUAAUUCUGACAAAUUAUUUGUAUGGUUAGCAGUGUACAGUUUAUUCUUCAAUUUUAAUUAAUUUUGUUCUGAUAUUUCCCAUAUAAGCUCUGCCUAUCCACUUAUUUCAUAUAAUCAUAAAAGAGUAGCAGCAAAGCUUGUUGAUUUGACCCACGCUCUUUGUAUCCAGUCUGAGUUUUGGGUGUGUUGGUUGGUUUAGCAUUAUUUUACAACACAAAUUCAUUGCACUGUGUAGCUCAAUUAAUAUGAAGUUGCUUUAGGUUGCAUUGAAUUAUUUUAAUUUUAGAUUAGCUACCUAUCUAUCCCCCCCUCUACCCUUGAAUAAUGUGACGUUGUGUUGCUGUGGCAUAAGGGUGAAGUGUUCUCUUAUCUUUUGUGAAGGGAUAGGGGGCUGAUGACUUUGUUAUUAAACCCCUGAGUCUUAGUAUGUAGAGGGUCUGUUUUCAAGAGUCCCAUCAUCAGCUGUAGUUCUCUGUCGGUACGUGCACCACGUUGAGUCUUUCUUUUCUUUCCUCUUCCGUUAUUACGUGUGGCUUUUGAUGCGCUAGACCUAGACAUGAUUUUAAAAGGAUCAGAAUAUAGUGUUUCACUAGUAAGUGGUGAUGAUGAUGUGGUUGAGAAAUUAAAUUUUGUUAUGCAGUUCCACAGCUCAAUACCUGCGUUUACAUGUAAAUACUGUACACACAGUGGCUCUACAAGCACAUCUAGACAAAUACACACACACACUAAUAUUUGAUAGUGUGUAUAAAUAAAUAACCCUGGAAAGAAAUAUAAUUUGUGAGCAUUUUUAUGAUGCUCAUUCUGGGACAACUAAUCAAAUUUGAAGUUUGUAUCUUACUGCAAGAAUAAUUAAAUGAGAUGGAAAUAAAUAGUUCACAGAACUUAGUGUAGAGAUUGGCAUGUAAGAGAGCUGUGAAAGAGUAAGAGUAGAUCAUAACAAGAGAACACAUCAGCGACAAUAUAACAGUAGCAUCUGCAAAAGAAAACUAUAUGACCCAAUAAAAACAAACUGCUGCCACAAAACUAAAAUUGUGUCUAGUCCCAAUGCAUUGUUGGUGAAUUUUAGACUAGAAUUAAAGUGACUGUUAUUUUUGCAGCAUUUCUCUGUCAAUACAGUUAAUUGUAUGGACAGAAUACUGUGGAAUAUACUUUGCUCAACGCCCGAUCAAAGUUAAAAUACAUAGCAACACAUUAUAGAGACGGCAGCAGCAUGCUACCAAUUACAUUCUGGAACUGAAAGGUAAAAACUACAAAAUUUUUUAAAAAUUUCAGAUUAUUCUGGAAGAGAGGAUCAAAGGAUUAGGAUAAAAUCAAAUAAUUAAGAAAAAACAAAAGGAAUGAGGAAGAUGUCAUCACUUCUGCUUUAGAUAGAACAAAAAAAAAGA